AUGCCUGCCGACAGCCUCCUCGACAUGGCCCGGAGAGCCUGCGCCCGCAACGUCCACCGGAUCACCGACAUUGGGGAUCUCGACUAUGAACUGAUCCGACCCAUCCUGCUGAAGAUCGAGAGCCCCGAGAAACUCCACCAACUCGAACUCUCGUCGCCGCAAAUCAUCGGCCACGACGCCGAAAUCUGGCUCAACUUCAUCAAGCGCGACAUCCCCGACUGGGAUCGGAAGCGCCACGAGCCGUCCAACCCGAAGAACUGGUACAAGGUGUACCGAAAGUUGAAGGCGGAGGCGACCAAGGACUCCUCGAACGACGAGGCUAUGCUGAAAGCCGCGCUGGCGGACAUCCAGAAGGGAAAGGAGCAGAACACCGCCGAGAUCGCGAGCACGUCACGCAGUGCGGGCUUGUAUUCGAGCAGCAACGCCCCCGGGCCGUCGCGACGGGCCAGAGUCGGGUGGAACUAUAUCUCUGGCAAGACCGGGGCGAAGGGCGCCCAUAAAAUGACCCUGAUGCAGAAGAUCCGCAAAGAGGCAAAAGACGCAAAAUCGAGCAAGAUGAAUCGGCCCAUGCACGAGCUACAGAAGAGGCAGACGGGAGUGGUCAAGGCGCCGACGCAGUUCGUCGAGGAGGUGAAGAAGAUGAAGGUCCUGCAGGCGACAGAGGCAAAGACAGCUCUGAGUCCGCCGCCCAAGAGACCAGCGUCGGGGAUGGGAACAACCGGGACUGCGGGGACAUCGAGGCCACCGAUGUUUGCACCCUCUACGCAGACACCGAAACCGAAGCCUCAGCCUCAGCCUGCCGUCGCAAAUGGUGGGAAGCCUUACGAUCUAAUGAGCGACCGGGAGUCAAGGUUACGGGCCUUGAAGUCGGGAGGGUCGGUCAGCAAAGUCGCUUCUCCGACCUCGAACUCGACGAGAGGCAUGCCAUCUUCUCCCAAUGGUGCCCGGCGGAGGUCUCAAGUUGGGGGAGACAGCUUGACCCUCGAUUUCCUCGAAGAUUCAGACGACAAUGACGACGGUGGUGAUGAUGAUGAUGAUGAUGAUGACUAUAAUCGGGACCACCCGCCAAAGCGAACACGGGACCAGGGAGACGAUACAGAAACGCCGCAAAAGAGGCUGAAACCCAACAACGCUCGACUCGACGAACUCAUGCCUCGAGCGAGGACUCCCCUGAGGCUCUCCCCGUUGCCGAGACCCCGAACACAGGGGUUGCAAUCGUUCAAGGGGAAAGCAUGA